AAACACGCAGGAUGAGACAUUUGAGGGUGUAGCUGCUCGCUAGCUAGGAGGAAUGUUCUGUUCAUGGCAAGACAGGGCAACACCUGCAGAUUAAUAAAUAAUUGUCGCUGACCAGAAAGAGCUUUCUGCUGUGUUGCCUCAUUAUUUGACACACACCAUGGCAGAGCACGAGCCCACACCAGAGGAGCUGGCAGCGAUCGCAGCAGCCAAUGAUGAGAGCGACUCUUCUGUCAACUACAAACCCCCCGCCCAGAAGAGCUUGAAGGAGAUCCAGGAGCUGGACCAAGAUGACGAGAGCCUGCGCAAGUACAAGGAGGCGCUGCUGGGAAACGCGGCUGCUGUAGUCGUUGAUCCCACUGUCCCCAACGUCCAGGUGACGAAGAUGGUUCUGGUGUGCGAUACGGCUCCAAACAAUCUGGUCCUCGAUCUGACUGGGGACCUGGAAGGCUUCAGGAAGAACCCGUUUCCGAUGAAGGAGGGAGUUGAGUACAGAAUAAAGAUCUGCUUCAAGGUCAACAAAGAGAUCGUGUCAGGCCUGAAGUACAUGCAGCAAACUUUCAGGAAAGGAGUUAAAGUUGACAAGUCUGAUUACAUGGUGGGCAGCUACGGCCCCAGACCAAGCGAGGAGUACGAGUUCCUCACCACAAUGGAGGAAGCCCCAAAAGGGAUGCUGGCCCGCGGCACCUACCAUAUCAAGUCCAAGUUCACCGAUGACGACAAAAACGAUCACCUGUCUUGGGAAUGGAGCCUCGCUAUCAAGAAGGAUUGGAAGGACUGAUUUUUUUUUUGAUUUUUUUUCCCCCCUUCCCACACUCGCUCGCUGGUCCACCAAUGUCUUCCUCUGCUUUGUUUCCGCUUUUCUUUUUUUCUUGCCAUCAUUCCCACCUCCCCCUGGAUAUUGGAUUGUUUCAGUCUUUUGCUCUCUCCGUCCAUCAGCUUGCUCACUCCUCUCCUGCGGUUCCAUCUAUUUUCCUUUUCUUCUAAAUUCCAAUCACUUCAUCAUUCCUCCCAUAGCAACGCUGAUUGAUUUUUGUUUGCACCAGCCUUUAUUACAAGAAUGACAUCUUAAAAAAAAACCGGAGAAAGUAAAUGGUGUUCAUUAUCCAGAUUUUUGGUUACAGUUUGUUUAUAAAAAAGGAAAGAAGAAAAAAAAAAGCAUCUGU